GAUGAUGAUUCCGCAGGCAGGCUGUAGAGAGCGAGCGAGCAACGCACAGGCUCUCUCUCUCCAGUAAGGUUGAGGCUGAGGUUGCGUAUUGUUUGGAAAACAACGUGCAGCUGCUGCCAGCGGAGAGAGAUAAGCAAGGGGGCUGUGGGCUACUGGAGGAGAACGGACAGACAGAACAGCACCGGCCAUUGUCUUUUUUUUUCUUUCUUUCUCUCUGUUUCUUUUCUCUCCAGUCUCUGGAAUGACUGUGAUUGCUGUUGGUUGGCCAGUGUUGGGAUUUGCAGAGGAAGGUGGCGUAUUGCAGAUCUGCCUUGCCUAGGAGGGACUGUCUCUCUGUUUCUAAGCCAUAUUACAGGAGGCACAGUUACUGCAGGGCUCCUUUCUCUGUCGUUGACUUGUGACUGGAAACACCCACCAUGGAGGCUCCCCUUGUGUGCCUGGAUGAGGAGUUUGAAGACCUCCGGCCCUGCCGGGUAGAGGACAUGGAUCGGGCUGUGCCCCUCAGCCGACCCCCCUACAGCACCAUCCCCCUGGCCCCAAUGGCCCCCCUGGCUCCCAUCACCCGCGAGGACUUCUCCGAACUGGAGAACUUCUCGGAGAUGAUGAGCUUCAAGUCCAUGGAGGACCUGGUCAAUGAGUUUGACGAGAAGCUGAAUGUCUGUUUCCACAACUACAACACCAAGACGGAGGGCCUGGCCCCUGUGCGCAACCAGUCCCACACCGAGGAGGACGAGGAGCGGCUGCAGGAUGAGGACUGGGACGACCCCAACUCAGAGGGAUUCAACGGCAACCUCUCCGAUCAGGAGAUUCAUGAAAAAGAGGAGGAGGAGAUGAACGAGAAGAACGACAAUGCCAAUUGCCUAAGUGAGGAGCCUCUUAUCACUGCUGAUCAGGUCAUUGAGGAGAUAGUUGAGAUGAUGGAGAACUCUCCGGACCCUGGUGAGACCGAGGAGGAGGACGAGGAAGAGAGUGGACACUCCUCAUCCAAGUCCAGCCCAUCCCUUCUGGAGGAGAUUAGACAGCUGUCCCAGGCCUCCAAUAACAACAUGCCCUCCUAUGAAGGCCUAAGUCUGAUGCCCAGCUCAGCCCUGGUGGAGCUGCUGUGCCGGGUGGAGUCGGCCAUCAUGGAGUACUCCGAGGAGCUGGUCACCCAGCUGGCGCGCCGUGACGAGCUGGAGUUUGAGAAGGAGGUGAAGAACACGUUCAUCACGGCCCUCAUGGAUGUGCAGAACCGCCAGAAGGAGCAACGGGACACGGGCAAGCGCCGGCGCCGGAGCGAUAAGGGCCUGAGUCUGCAGGGUAACGCGGUAACCACGACCGUGGUUGGUGGUACUACUACUACAACCAAUGCCCCGACGGACUCCAAGCCCGCCUCUAUGCCUAUGAAGCGUUUUAGCAUGGAGGGCCUCUCCAACAUCCUGCAGACGGGCAUCAGACAGACAUUUGGCAGCACAGGGACGGACAAACAGUAUCUAAACACGGUAAUUCCAUAUGAGAAGAAAGCAACUCCUCCAACUGUGGACGACCUUCAGAUGAUCACCAAUAUUCUUUACGCCAUGAAGGAGGACAGUGAGAAGGUGCCUACACUGCUAACUGACUACAUAUUAAAAGUGCUGUGUCCUACUUAAAGAAUUCAAGCCAUGGGCUGCUCUCUGACGGAGACUUCGGAGAGGGCUCUCCAAUCUGGUAACCCUCCACCCCUCCUCCAGUCCAAGCUGCAUGAGCUCCCCCCUGUUUCAUAAUCAGCCAUGGAUCAUUACCAUCUAAAUCAUUGUACCUAACUCAUGUAAUAAAACUACUGCCUUUUGCUGAGCUCACCUUGUCCUUCCUGCACACUAAGAUCCGUCCAGAGCCAAAAUGGCAGCCGCCUGAAUACUAGUGUAUGGGGCCACUGUACCCCCGUUGAAGAACUGACUUACUGAUCUCUUUUCAGAGCAUGAUAAGCUAAUACUGACCACACAGUUAUACAGGGAUUCGUUUUUAGUUUUAUUUUCUAUUUUUUACAGAGAUUAUUUGAUAUCAGAUAUUCACAUGGCUAUGUUUUACUUCACUGUACCUCAGGCCUAAAAGGGGUUUGGUUCUUAUGCCAUUUUGUCUGUCUACCCAUAUGUCACCUUGUACAGAUUAUUGAGGAUUGAUGGGUUCAACUUAAAUGUAGGAAAUCUGGACUGAACAUUUCUCUCAUUAUUCGAGGACAAUAACCUGUAAACUUAACAAAUUUGAAUAAAAAAGCCAUUUACCUUUUCUGCCAUGCUAGUACUGUAGCUUAAUAUUACGGGUGCAGUAUAUUUGAAUGUUUUUGUUAUUUCAACCAAUAAUGUUUGAAUAUUCAGUGCUCUUCAGACUUUUGAUAAUUUCUUUUUACUGUGAUCUUAUAUUUCAUAUAGGCCAUCAUGUACUGUUGUUUUGUUUAUUUUAUACUUUUAUUUAAUGAAUAAUCAGAGUAUGUGUCACCCCAUUCUGUCACAUGGAGUUUUAUCAUUGAGUUUUCAUUGUCACUGAUGACAUGGGCUCAUUUGAAUACGGUAUAGGCCUACUUAUUUAUGAAUUCCUGUGAGCCACGUAGGAGAAUACUACAUUGCUAAUCGCAAGUUCAAAUAAACAUGCUACCCUAAAA